AGUAAAGGCACUUCCUUCUUCCUACCACACUGGUUGCACUCUAACCAGUCACUUCAAUAGGAAGUCUAAUAUUCGUGGCUAUGGGGAUCCAGAAGCUCGUCAGCGGCUGUUUCAACUGACUUCUCUGCUUUCUCCUUCUCUCUCUCUCUCUCUCUAUCUCUCUCUGGCGUUCAAACAGCGGACGGCCAAUGUCACCGAGUUUAAUGUGGAAAACCACUGAGUUGUAGUGCGUUCAAGUGCUCGGAGCCCUUUUUGCCACAAUGGCUGCGACGUAGCGCAACUUUUUGGGUCCACUGUGGAUGAACGACCGCGCUCCGAAGGCGCCACAAACUUUUACCGACUUGCUGGAGACCCCGAGGAGGAGAAACCAUGAAGAAACAGUUCAACCGCAUGAAGCAGCUCGCCAACCAGACUGUCGGAAGGGCUGAGAAAACCGAGGUGCUGAGUGAUGACCUCCUACAGAUCGAGAGGCGGAUGGAGUUGGUGCGUUUGGUGUCGCACAACGCGCACAAGAGGCUGGUGUCCUGCCUGCAGGGUCAACUGGGCACAGACACAGAGAAGAGACAUAAAAAGUUGCCCCUAACAACGCUGUCCCAGACCAUGCAGGAGGGUGGCAGCCAGCUGGGAGACGAGAGUCUGAUUGGCAAGAUGAUGGAUGUAUGUGGGGAGGCAGAGAGCAGGUUAGCAACUGAACUGAUGCAGCAUGAAGUCCAGAUUGAGAGAGACAUCCUGGAUCCUCUCAACCAGCUGGCAGAGAUAGAGAUUCCCAAUAUACUAAAACAGAGAAAACAACUCGCCAAACUGGUUCUGGACUAUGACUCGGCCAAGACGAGGUACUACCAGGCGGCAAAGUCCAACAACCAGGCUAUGGCAGCUAAAGCCGAUUCGCUUAAAGACGAGAUGGACGAGGCUCUCAACAAAGUAGAAAUAUGCAAGGACCAGCUCUCUGCAGACUUGUACAACUUUGCUUCCAAAGAGGGAGAUUACGCACGCUAUUAUGUCAUGUUAUUAGAGGCCCAGGCCGACUACCACAGGAGGUCUCUGGCAGCUCUGGAGGCAGCUAUACCGACUAUCCAAAUACAGCAAGACUCUUGGAUGGAGAAGCCGGCGUUUGGCACAGCUCUGGAGGAGCACUUGAAGAGGAGUAACCGUGAGAUCGCUCUGCCCAUCGAGGCCUGCGUCAUGAUGCUGCUGGAGACCGGCAUGAAGGAGGAGGGUCUCUUCAGAAUAGCUGCCGGAGCAUCAAAACUGAAGAAGCUAAAAGCGGCAUUAGACUGCUCCACCUCGCAGCUCGAGGAGUUCUACUCUGAUCCCCACGCCGUCGCUGGAGCCCUGAAGUCCUACCUCAGGGAACUUCCUGAACCUUUAAUGACUUUUGGCCUGUACGACGAGUGGCUACAGGCCUCCAAUGUUCCUGACUCUGACAAGAGGCUUCAGUCUUUGUGGAUGACAUGUGACCGUUUGCCAAAGACUCACAAGGCAAACCUCAGGUAUCUGGUGAAGUUUCUGGCUAAACUGGCCCAGGACAGUGAGGCUAAUAAGAUGACUCCCAGCAACAUCGCCAUAGUCCUGGGGCCCAACCUGCUCUGGGCAAAGACUGAGGGGACGCUGGCAGAGAUGGCAGCAGCUACAUCUGUCCAUGUGGUCGCCAUCAUUGAGCCUAUUAUCCAGCACGCUGAUUGGUUCUUCCCAGAUGAGGUGGACUUCAAUGUUUCGGGCAUGUUCGCUAUGCCCACCCACCCGGCCACCCCAGAUCCUGAACCCGGCCUGGAGAGGAAACGCCCCGGCAGCCUGGUGGGGCAAGAUGGGGACAGUCACACGCCCCGUAAAGACAGCACUGUUAACAAACAGCCGGAGCCCGCUCCACGUAGAGCCAGCACUGUUAAUAGAAAGCAGCCACAGCUAACCUCACCCACCUUCCAACCCCCACUGCCCCCUCUGGAAGCCGGGGUUCCUGCCCAACCUGAGCUCCAGCCCCAGGUUCCAUCCCCGGCUACAGAGGCGGAGCAGCCUGGCCUGAGUGGUGGUGGUGGUGGUGGUGGUGCUGGUGGUGGUGUUCUGGGUGGUGGGGUCCAAGUAGCCACAGUGAAACCUCAGGUUGUAACCCAGCUCAGCGCAGAAGAGAGCAGCCCAGCCCGUGAGCUCAUGUCCACCCCUCCUCCCCAGAGGAAUGGUUCGCUCCAUCUUACAGUAGGAACCCCCCACUCUCAAGGUGGAUCCAGGGGGCCUAGUCCACACAUGGUUCGCAGAGGCACCAAGAAGCAGGCCCCAGCUCCACCCAAACAGGCCAGCCCCUUUGCCUCCCAGCUUAGUAACACCCAGACACCCAGCUCCCCUCACCACCCACCCAUCACUCCCCGACGCCACCCCAGCAAAGACAGCCUGAUCCACGCCCCUAGCCACCCGCCCCCGCAGCCUCCUCAAGCCCACCAGCCCCAGGCGGAGUCGGAGCCCUCUCCCCCAAGCACUCCAACCCCCCCUGACACUCCGCCUCAUGAUGGAUUGCAGUCCAACCCACUAUCUUUCUACCACUCUGGAUCUCUCCCUCGCCCCUCCAGGCCGGCUCCCAGGCCACGGCCCCGACCCAGCAUGCCGCCGCCCCCACAACCCGCAGCAAAUGACAACGGUAAUGGCAUCUGCAGCUCUGCCUCAAAGAUCAUAACAGACGGAGGCCUGCUCCUAAAGGGGGUUGGACGAGCCCUUAUCCCUGAGGUGAUUGUGGACCAAGAAGAGGAGAGCUCUGCUGGUCAAGAGCCUGCUGCCGCCACUACCCCAGCCCCGCCCCUAGACCCUCAAAUCCAGACAGAGAGUACCGUUCUGUGAAGAAAAAAAAAAAAAAAAAAAGAGGGCUCAUCAAAAUCCUUUCUUCACACAGCUGGCCCAUGUAAUAGAUUUGAAUGCUUAUAAUCAAAUAUCAGACAGGUAACUCAAAUGCAUCGGUUCACUCCAGCUCUUCACGCUGCACUCGCAUGAUGUCAGACGGCUCUCUGGGAGAAAGAAAAAAAAAAACAGUUGCCUUUUCCUCUGUUUUGCUGAGACUCAAACCAGAAACCUCAUCCUGUCAAACUAUUAGACUUCAUUUUAAACUCCCUUUGUUCUAUAUACUGCUGGGUAUUUUAAGAUUGGACUGCAGAGCCUUGCUAGACUCGAGGCUACGGGACUUAAAUAGAUAACCUGAACACAUAGCAGCUGAACUUUAAAGUGCAAAGCUUUCACUUGUCUUCUGCUUCUUUUUAAAGUGUUGCUAUCGAUACUAAAGGUUCCAAUGCUAUGAAUGUUUUUGGAGACAAAAAUAUGUGAAUCUGGUUUAAGCACCAGGUCAGGACUUGAUAACUGGUAUUUUUUUUUUAUUCAGCAGCACAGUUGUGUGGAGAUAUUUGGAUGUUAACCAGCCACUGGUUAGCUUUUAAUCAUGAUACACAAUCACCUUCUGAACUUUUUAAAAAAAAUAAUUUUCCAAUUUGUCAGUUUCAACUUGCUGAAUGUGAUGUUCAUCUUUGGAGAGCUUUUCAAUAACUUCAGUACCACAUAGCAGCGUAAAGGACCAAAGAAAUGGAUAUGGGCCAAAGGAAAUUUAAUUAAAAUUUAGAGCUGCUCAGCUUUUAUUAUGGUUGCUAAUGACCAAAUAUUUUGGCAAGAGUGCAAUAUGACAUGCAGUUGUCCUCCAGCGGUGUCCUCUCCACAGCACAUGUGCUGUAAUUUUUGGUAUUUCAGGUAAUUUUUCUCCUAGUAAUCCAAAGGGAUAGGAAUUUAUUUUGUUUUCCAUCUGAAAUUUGUUUGAUUUCAAGUGACCUGAUUGAAGCUCAAAAUGGCUUUGAUAAUCCAAGUUUAGCUUUUAUCAUUAAAAGGGAUUUUUAAUAAUAAAUUGACUGUGGUAAUUGUGUUUUCAAUACAUAGCUUGUAACUGAUCACUCCCACUCAAGUUCAAAGCUAUGACCAAAUAUGCCAAAAUUCUUCUUUGUUUAUUGUUUUUAUUGCAGCUGACAAUCUUUACCUUGUUGGGGUGUUUUUCAGCUCUUUGAUUAUAUUUUUUUUUAUUUCUCCUCAGCAUUUUUAUGUUUGCUUUUCUGCACAUAAUGCAUCAUACAAUGCAUCAUUACUCUUAAUUAAAGAUUGUUCAACAUUUUA